UACCGUAACUGAAAGUUUUAUCAAGUGUGAAUAUGAUUUGUGCUUCUCAACUGUAAGUUACUAUACAAAGUUAGUAUAGUAACUUACAGUUUAGUUAGUAUAAUAAGUGAGAAGCCAGUCUAGAUCAUGCAUCGAUUUUGUUUUACCAAAUGGAAAACAGGUUAAAUUUGAAUUGUGUUUGUAGGAAGGAUCCCUACACAAAUAUACAGUGCGCUGUGGCAGACAUUCGGAUUGAGGUGCUUGCUAUAUUGUACAACAUUGGAGCGUUGCACUCGCAGCUGGGUGCUGGCGAUGACAGGUCAACAGCUGACGGACUCAAAAUGGCCUGCACUCAUUUUCAAUGUGCGGCGUGGGCUUUCCAGCAUUUGAAAGAUUCUUACCCUCAGUCUCUUGGCGUUGAUGUGUGUCCAGACUUGAUGCAGUUCAUGCAGCAAGUGUGUCUUGCACAAGCUCAGGAAUGUAUUCUGGAAAAAAGCAUGACUGACAAUCGUAAAGCAGACAUCAGUGCCAAGGUAGCAGCUCAGAUCGUUGAUUAUUACAAUAUGGCUGCAAAUGCCUUGUCUCAAACUGGUCUCACUGACGAAGUCCUUAUUCUUGAAUUGGUCGGAAGUAAAUGUUACAAGGCAUGGAAGAAAUAUGUGAAGUUCAAGCACGCAUACUAUAAUUGCAUCACACUGUUAUAUCAAGGCAUGCAGUCAGAGGAACAACAAAAAAUGGGCGAAAGGGUUGCCUAUUAUCAAGCUGCUUUUGACCAACUCAAUGAGGCUAUGAAACUUUCCAACGGUCUUGAUCAGCCUCAGGCCAUCACUGAUACCUUAGCUUUCACAAUGGAUGUUGUUGAGGGAAAACGUAAGAGUGCCAAAAAUGACAAUGACUUUAUUUACCAUGAGAAGGUCCCUGAGAGGGACUCGCUGCUCGCUGUGAAAGGCGCUUCACUGGUCAAAGGCAUCGCGUUUAGUGUCAACGACAAGGAUAUCUAUGGCAAAGAUAUUUUUGCAAGACUCGUCCCGAUGAAAAUCCAUGAAGCGUCGUCAUUGUACAGCGAGGAAAAAGCAAAAUUAUUGAGAAAGAUUGGUGGAAUGGUUGAUGAAAAAGACCAAGAACUAGUUGGAUUCAUAUCGUCUCUCCAAGUAGAUUAUCUCAAUAAUCACGUGGAUUCAGACAUUCUCCCUCAGGAACUGGUUGAUAGAUGUGCAGCUUUGGCAGCGAAACCAGACUCAAUACAGAAUUUAAUUGAUGCUAUGGAUAAAUUGUCAGGCAUCUACCAUGAUGUCGAAGGAAUGCUGCGAGAGAUACUGGAACUCAUCAAGAUUGAAGAUGCCGCCGAAAAAGAAUACCAAGAGGUGAUGGGGUCGCGACCGCCGUCCAUAGUUGCCACGGAUUUGACGAGAGAAGCGAACAAAUACAAGGAGGCACACACGAAGGCGGCAGAGUCCAACGAGACACUCCACAAGGCGAUGGCCCAGCACAUCGCCAACCUCAGAGUGCUCUCAAUGCCUCUGUCAGAGCUCCAACAACAGCUGCCUUCCAUAUCCUGUCUUAACUUGGAAGAUUGCCACGACCUGAAAGAAGUGCGGCAUUUACUGUCGAAAGUGGAGGAGAUGCGACGUCAGCGGUCGAUGCUGGCCACUCAGCUGCGCGAGUCGAUCUGUGGUGAUGACAUCACAUCGCAGCUCGUAACAAGGCAGGCCGAAAAUCUCGAAGCUGUCUUCUCCAAGGAGCUGGAAAAGCAUUCACAAUACGUAUCACUGCUGGAACAAAAUUUGUCAGCACAGGAUAACAUAUUGAAAGCCCUGACUGAUGCUUAUGCUGAAUCAGCUGAUACAAGAAAAUCAAUCAUUGAGAUUUUGAGGCAAAGGUCACUAAUGUUAUCUGCAUUGAUGUCAUCAUAUGAUGCCUAUGAGGAUCUUAUAGCAAAGUCCAACAAAGGUCUAGAGUUCUACAGAAAACUGGAAACUAAUGUUACAAAGUUGCUGCAGAGAGUGAAAGGUACAUGUAAAGUGCAAGAAGAAGAGAGAGAAACGAUACUACUGAAAAAUGGGAAAACUUUGCCAUCCAAAUUGAAGCUUAAUAAUGAGAAGGAGGUCUCCGGUGGUGGUGGUUUGAAAUUGAAAGACUUGUUGCCUAAUAUGAAGAAAGAUAGCAGUGGUAAUUAUAUUAUACAACCUGCUCUAAAUCAGCUCCCUGGACAGUUCAAUACAAACAGUGUGAACUACAGUGGCACUCACACGUCAAUUCCUCCCACAGAUUCUCUGCCUUCUGAAUCUUCUCAAAAGUGGGUUCCAGCAGUAAGGCCUGCUCCGGUUGGCUCAGAAGCUCCCAUAAAUUCACAACAGAAAAUUCUCGAUUCAAAGCCUGACAUUUCCCAAAAUUAUUAUUUCCCUCAGCAGUCCAACUAUGCAACUUAUGACGCCAACUAUUAUGCUCGACUGGCUCAGUCUCAAGCUGCUGCUGCCUAUCCCAGCAGACCUGCUAAUCCAGCCACCCCCACCCCCACCCACAAUCCCACAGCUCUUCCCAAUCAACUUCCCAGCUCGACUCAGUCCUAUCAGCAAAGCCUUACUCCUUCAACCCAGUACACUUCUGUUCAAACUCCUUAUGCAUAUCAAAACAACCCUACUUACUCAAAUCAGCCGACUGAUCUAAAAUCUCAAUUUGGAGCCACACAAUACAAUACCCCUUAUACUCAAUCCAAUUACCCAAAAUACAAACUUUCCUCAACAAAAUACUGGAGUUAUAGUUAUAACACUGGUCAGCAGAGUGCAUAUUACCCUCAGCAGGGCUAUAACAUGUCAGCCUCGCCCAACCACAAUGCUACUGAUCAAGCUAAACCGAAUAAUCCAGUAACAAGUGCUCAACCUCAAAGCAACAUAGCACCAGUAGCAACUCAAAAUUCCGGUUAUCCUGGAAGUCAAACAAUGCAAUAUUCUGUUCCAGCUACCUACCCAAGCCAGUCUCCUUUCAAUAACUACAAUGCUUAUCCAGGUUAUAGCUAUCCUUCAAGUGGUCAAUAUCAGUUUGGACAACAGCAAUGGCUCAGCAACAGCCAGUUGCCAUCACAGAAUCAGCAACAACAAGUACAUCAAGGUCAGCAAAUUCAACAAAAUCAGUCGAUGGUAGCCCCAAGUCAGCUGAGUCAAGCCCCAAAUCAACUGAGUCAAGUCCCAAAUCAGUUACAACAACCUCAACAAGAGGCUGUAGCCUCAAAUCAGUUGAGUCAAAUUCCAAUGAGUGCAGAUCAGUUACAGCAACCUCAACAAGCUAUAGCCCCAAAUCAGUUACAUCAACCCCAACAAGCUCUAGCUCCAGAAUCGAAACCUUGGACUCAAACUUCUACCCAGUAUUCAUACAAUCCCAACUCAACAGUCGCUAUAACCAAUCCCACUUACACUGCUGGUUACUCGACUAUGACAACAUCGCCCUACCAGGCUACUGCCGCUACGACCUACGCCCAGUAUCCUCAUACUUACCAGCCGAAUCCGAACUAUCCGCAACACCUACAGUACACGCCGGUUGCAGAUGCGUCCCACCAGUACACCCGGGCUGGUCAGUUGAACCUAUCACAAACCAACUCCUCUCAGACCUCACUGCAGGGACAAACCUAUGCAGUCCAAUACAACACUAAUCCCAACCAAACAUCAAUGAAUGAGCUUUACUACAGUCAACAGUAUGGAUACCAGCUUCCGCAGUACAAUAACACGUAUGGUACACCUGCAGCCAACGUUAUCAAUUCGGUCAAUACAGCUAGUGACGCUAAACCAAAAGAGAACGAAGUGUUGUCGCCGCAGAGCCCCAUGACCUACAUGCAAGCUUCAAACUCGGCCAUGACAACAACGUUCAGUCAGAAGACUUCCAGUAGUGUGGAAGAGAACAAAUCGAAUGUUGAUUUGCUAGCCGGUCUUGAUUUUUCGGUCAGUGAAACACCGUUAAUCCCUGAACAAUCGUCGCAGAUCAAACAAGAUGCCUCCACCUCCUCUACUGCUGCUACUACCCCUUCACAGGCUCCCGUCCUUCCCAAACCGGAAGUUAAACUGGAAGAGAAGAUAACUUCGAUGUCACUUGAACCUUCUGCUGCAUCGGCGGCUUCUGAUCCAGCUGAUAAUCUCACGGCUACUGAAAAUAUAGACAGCCAAUUGGCUCUACUUCCAAAAUUGGAAGCAAAAUCGAAACCUGCGACGAAAGAUCCUUAUCUGGAUCCUGAAGUUCUCAACCAGUUCGCAGCAGAAGUGGACAAAUUCGAAAAGUUUGUCGAUGGAUUAACUAUGAAGACACUGAAUGGUCCAACGCCUCUUGAUUUGAAGUGGAAAGAACUGCAAGAUUUGCAGGAGAAAGACUCGCAAAAGCAGAUAAUUUCAGUGGCUCGGUGUUAUCCCAUGAAGAAUAGGUUUCCUGAUAUUCUUCCAUAUGAUAGUUCAAGAGUUGAACUGCCAUCCACCAAGGAUGAUUAUAUCAAUGCCUCGCAUGUUAAGGACAUAUCAGCACAUUGCCCGAAUUUUAUUCUUACGCAAGCUCCACUGCCAUCAACAUAUGCAGAUUUCUGGACAAUGAUAAUCGAACAGCAAGUUGAAAUAAUUGUUUGUUUGCUGAGUGAUAUGGAGAUAGGAGAUGAUAUCUAUUGGCCCUCAGUGAAGGGAGAAGAGAGAGUAUUCGGAAAGAUAAAGAUAUCUCUGCAAAGUACAAAUGUGAGGAAACACUGGGUGGAGCGUCUGAUUUCAGUGUCGAACGGCCGAAUGUCGAGAGUUGUCGUUCAUUUGCAGUUCACUGAAUGGCCUGGAAGCUCGUUGCCAGCGUCUCCGGGGCCACUGCUGAGCCUGGUGCAGGAGGCGGUUGGCAUUCACUCGCAGCAGCGCGGCACGGGUCCCGUCACGGUGCACUGUCUGUCAGGCGUGGGACGCGCCGGCCUGUUCACGGUGGCCACGGCUGCCCUCACUGAAAUCCAGCUCGGUCACGGGUUGCCCGACCUGGUCACGCUGGCUGCUGCUGUCUCGCUCUACCGCAAGAACUCCCUUCACAACCGCGAGCACCUCAAAUUCGCCUACCAGAUUGUGCUCUACUACGCUCAGGAUCUGCUCAUGAAGAGAGGCAUACUGACGAGUCGAUCGUCGUUCGAAGACAAACGACCGAAGUCACACACUCGGCAUCCGUCUCAGGACUUCCUGCUUGCAUCCACCAAAGAAACGAGCUCCUCCGAUGAUACACACCAAUCAGGUGAAGGUGGGAGUACAAUGAGCUCGGGACAGAAGUCCGAUGAUCCAUUCCACCAGAUCGAUGCGUUGUGGCCGAUUAAACGAUUUCAAUAGAGUGAUUGUCUUCGAAAUAUUCGUUAUUAUAAACUUUAUUGUUAGCUAUCAGUGCCCCAAUAUGCAUUUGUAUUCUAUGAUAUCGAUACUAAAAUAGAAACUAUGUAAAAUAAUACAAAUUAUUAUCAGGUUUAGGAACCUGCAAUUAUUAUUGUUGGAUAAUCAUAAUUAUCAAUUAUUAUGUAUAAUAAGUUCCAUUUAUUUAUUUGUUAUUCAUAAUGAAAAAAUAUAUAUUUUCUUAAGUCUGUUAAUAGCAAUCGUUAAUCUAUAGAUUUGAUGUCAGAAGAAAUGGCUUUCAUUCCCAAUAUCGUGAUUUUGAAAAAAGUCCCAAUUCAAGUUAUUGAAAACCUAAUUUGAUAAAAAAAUUGAAAUAGUUUUUGACUAAAUAAUAUUAAGUUAAUUGAAUUUUCAAAUUUCGAUAGCGAAAUUGCCUUAUUUAUUUAUUUAAUUUAUUGACUUGAUUUUUUCCAUUUUGAUAUUGUGACAGUAAGUUAUUUUAAAUUUAAAAUAUUCAACAGUUUUUAGAUUAAAUUGAAUUCUGUAUUAAGAAAUAAUUGAUCAACUUUUUGGAGAUAUUUUUUAAAAUCUUCGUAUUGGACUAUGUAGCUCAACCAUAUCGGAACUCCAUUUACCUUUCAAAACUGGCUCAGAUUCUGGUAUCAGAUUCUUUUUUCUUUUGAAAAUAUAUAGAUUUGUCAAUUCUCACAUGGUGAGGUCUUUGUAUAUCUUAUUGAACUGGCUUUAAUUGUGAGAUUAAUAAAAUCUGAUGAUUUUUGAUAGUGCUGCAAGCCUUUUUUUACCAAAAUCUCCUUUUUCUUUGCUCUGCUUGCAUAUUUUCAAGUUUUGAGUGACUCAACGAUUUUCAUCUCAUUGAAUUAUGCAAGCUUUCAUCACAGUCGCAUGCGAAUUCAAGACUGCUUGAUAUGCAUAUAAACUAAACUGUAUGAUUGUAAAUGUUUGGUUCUUCAAUUGAUCUGUAGCAUCCUUCAACUUUUUAUUCUAUUUCCUUUUUCGUUUUUUACAUUACAUUAUUUUUUAUUUAUUCUUAAUUUCCAUUUUUUAUUUUCUAAAAUGGGAAACGUUCUGUAUCCCCCGUCUUUACAUUGAAUUACAUGAUGGAGAUUAUCUUAAGGAGCAUUUCUAUAAUCAAUCCUACCCCAAACAUGGCAUUUAUAAAAUAAUUUCAUCCCAGGGUCUCAUUUCACUAAGGAUUGCUAUUGGUGGAGAUCUGUUUGAUACUUCUCCUGAACAGUGAUUUUCCAAGUGUUAUUAGAACUUGACUAUCAAGCACUGGUUUGCGCAAUAUUCACAUUAUAAUUCACCGUAUUGGCUGUCGUGGUAUCCGUUUCGUGAUAAGAAACCGAAACAUAAUCCUAGAGAGCAAAGAUAGAUAUUCGAAUAUUGCGCUUGCCAGUCAAAGUUUCUACUAGUCACUUGGAAGAUCACCGUGAGUACGAAGUAUCAGAAAGAUACGUUCAAUACCGGUAUCACAUAAUUUGCAAUACAGAAUCAUAUGAGCUGAAUCCUCGCUGUCUCGGCAUAUCAUAUUUCACAAACAAUGCUAAUUUAAUAUUUGUUCAAUACCGGUAUCACAUAAUUUGCAAUACAGAAUCAUAUGAGCUGAAUCCUCGCUGUCUCGGCAUAUCAUAUUUCACAAACAAUGCUAAUUUAAUAUUUGUUCAAGAUUCGUUUAGAACUGCCAGCAUUGAUUGAAUGGGAAGUAGUAUUAUUAAUUUAUAUGGGCUACUGACAGUUUAAAUUGAAUAUCACCGUAGUUACAUCUAUAUAUUGAUACUAUAAUUACCAGAUUUAUACUUACCAGCCUGCAUGAUUAUAAACGAGGUUAAAUUCACAGAAAUUUAUGUUUUUUAUUUAUAUUGUGAUUUAUUAUAAUGUAUAUUUCAAUCAAUUUGACAUAUUCUCCCAAAGUAGAUGAUUAUUUAGUUUGAUUUGAUGUUGCGGAAUAAACUUCCAUGUGUUUAAUUUCAAGAAGGACCAAAUUUCAAGCAACAUACUUUCAAGAUCCAAUUGUUUAAUUAUGUUCAUAGUUGAGGUUGAGCCAUCUAUAACAUUCAUUUUAUAAUGAUAUUAUGUUGUUAUUGAUAGACUGAUGUGAAUAGGUUAGGAAGUCUUUUUAAUAAAUCAUUUGGAAUUUCAUCA